UUUCUCUUCUAGACUUGCCAGAAGCAACAGAGGACUAAAGAUGAAGAGCUUUUUCUUAUUCACCUUUUCCACUUUUUUGUUGUCUGCUUUUGAACAAGCAGCUGCUUCUGCUCACUAUGACAAGAUUUUAACUCAUAGUCGAAUAAGGGCACGCGACCAAGGCCCAAAUGUCUGUGCCCUUCAGCAAGUUAUGGGAACAAAAAAGAAAUACUUCAGCACCUGCAGAAACUGGUACCAGGGAGCCAUCUGCGGAAAGAAAGCAACUGUCUUAUAUGAGUGCUGUCCUGGCUAUAUGAAGAUGGAUGGUACGAGAGGAUGUCCUGCAGUUGCUCCUAUUGAUCAUGUAUAUGGUACACUUGGUAUUGUGGGAGCUACGUCCACACAGCAGUAUUCUGAUAUAUCAAAGCUGAGAGAAGAGAUUGAGGGACGAGGAUCAUUCACUUUCUUUGCACCAAGCAAUGAAGCCUGGGAACAAUUAAAUUCAGAAAUUCACAGAAAUUUGGUUGACAAUGUAAAUAUUGAACUGUAUAACGCUCUCCACCACCACAUGGUAAACAAACGCAUGUUGACAAAAGAUCUUAAGAAUGGCAUGAAUCUGGUGUCUAUGUAUAAUAACCAGAAAUUGCUUAUUAACCAUUAUCCUAAUGGGGUUGUUACUGUUAACUGUGCCAGGGUCAUCCAUGGCAACCAGAUUGCUACCAAUGGUGUUGUUCAUGUCAUUGAUCGUGUCCUGACCGCUGUUGGAAAUACCAUUCAAGAUUUCAUUGAAGUCGAGGAUGAUCUUUCAUCUCUCAGAGCUGCUGCCAUCACAUCAGAUGUCUUGGAUAUUCUUGGAAGGCCUGGUCAUUACACACUUUUUGCUCCUACUAAUGAAGCUUUUGAGAGACUUCCAAGGGGGGUCUUAGAAAGGAUCAUGGGUGACAAGGUGGCUUCUGAAGCUCUCGUGAAGUUCCAUAUUUUAAAUACUCUCCAGUGCUCUGAAGCCAUCACAGGUGGAGCUGUCUAUGAAACCUUGGAAGGAAACACAGUUGAAGUUGGUUGUGAUGGUGAAAGUCUGGUUGUGAAUGGAGUGAAGAUGGUGAAACGCAAAGAUAUUGUGACAAGCAAUGGCGUUAUCCACCUCAUUGAUGAAGUGCUAAUUCCUGAUUCUGCCAAGCAAGUCAUUGAGCUUGGGGGUGCCCAGCAGACUACUUUUACAGAGCUGGUGGCACAGCUAGGACUGGCAUCUUCUCUAAGACCAGAAGGACAAUACACUCUCCUGGCACCUCUGAAUGGUGCUUUCUCAGAUGACACCUUAAGGAUGGAUCAACGCCUUCUUAAAACGAUCCUGCAGAACCACAUUAUAAAAGUGAAAGUUGGGCUCAACGAACUGUACAAUGGACAAGAACUGGAGACAAUUGGAGGAAAACUGCUUAGAGUCUUUGUGUAUCGCACAGCUGUAUGUAUUGAAAAUUCAUGCAUGGUCAGAGGAAGUAAAGAAGGAAGGAAUGGUUUUAUUCACAUCUUCAGACAGAUCAUCAAUCCAGCAGAAAAGACAUUGCAUGAAAUGCUGAGAAAUGAUAAGCGUUUUAGUGUUUUCCUCAGUCUGGUGAAAGCUGCAGAUUUAGAUGAUGUUCUGUCACGUCCUGGACAAUGGACUCUGUUUGUUCCAACUAAUGAUGCCUUUAAAGGUUUGACUGAUGACGAUAAGGAUAUAUUGAUAAGAGACAAAAAUGCUCUCAGGAAUAUUCUUCUUUACCACUUGACACAAGGAGUUUUCAUUGCAAGUGGCUUUGAGCCUGGUGUGACAAACAUUCUUAAAACCAUCCAAGGAGGGAAACUCUACUUGAAAACAGUGAAUGAUACUCUUGUGGUUAAUGAACUGAAAUCAAGAGAAUCUGAUCUCAUGGCAACCAAUGGUGUCAUUCAUGUUAUUGAUAAACUCCUAUAUCCAGCAGAUCUGCCUGUUGGAAAUGAUCAAUUGCUCACAAUCCUGAAGAAGUUGAUUAAGUAUAUUCAAAUCAAGUUUGUUCGUGAUAGUACCUUCAAAGAGAUUCCACUGACGUUUUACAAAAUUAACAUAAUUGAAAGCAACGUCCAGCCCAUCAUCAGAAAGGAAGACCCAUCUAUCACACAGCUCACUAAAUUAAUUGAAGGGGAACCUGAGUUCAAAAUAGUCAGGGAAGGGGAGACAAUAACUAAAGUGAUUCAUGGAGACCCAUCUAUCACACAGCUCACUAAAUUAAUUGAAGGGGAACCUGAGUUCAAAAUAGUCAGGGAAGGGGAGACAAUAACUAAAGUGAUUCAUGGAGAACCAAUUAUUAAAACAUACACCAAAAUCAUUGAUGGGCGACCUGUGGAAGUGACAGAGAAAAAAGUAACAGAAGAAAGAAUUAUUCAAGGUCCUGAAAUAAAAUAUACCAGAAUUACUGCAGGCGGUUCAGACAAUGAAGAAAAGUUAAAGAAAUUGCUUGAAGAAGAGGUUACCAAGGUGACCAAAUUUAUUGAAGGUGAUGGUCAUUUACUUGAAGAUGAAGAAAUCAAAAGACUUCUGCAGGGAGAAGCACCUGUACGGAAAGUACAACCAACCAAGAGGACACAAGGGGGAACAGCAAGAAGGAGGACAAGACUAGCUUAUUCCUAAAAGCUUACCAAGAUAAAAUCCACAGAAUUACAAAUUAACAGCAUGGUCUUUGAGAGGAAGAGAAACUUUUUAAAAAAAUGAGAACAUUAGAAAACGACAUUGUUUUGAUAACAUAAUGUAAACUGAACCAUGAAUCCACAAAAAGAUGUGAAGCUGCAGAUACUCACUGCUAGCACAGUGCUCACUAGGAGGAGUAGUCCAUUGGGGGUGCUUUAACUGCUCUUGAUAGUAAGCAGGGUGGGAUCCUGGAACUGCUGAAGGCCAUCAGCUUCUGUAGAACCAGGAUUCCUUCUUAUGCUGGCUAGUAAGUCUUUGCAGGAUUGGAUUCAAAAAGAGCAGGGAACAAUGCAGAGUGUAUUUUUUUAUUAUUAUUAUUUCCACUAAAUAAGAAAUAUAAAUGUGAUCAGAUCAUUUCUAGAAAAAAAAAUCACUUCAGGUGACUUUUUUUAGAGUAAUCUAAGGAAGUAUGAGAUGUUAAAACAUAGCACUUUUGGUUCAGUAGUGUUGUAUGCUUUUUAUAAGUCAAAAUUCAUCAUGUUUAAUGUCAUAAUGACACCAGUAAUGUUACCUUUUCUAAACAAACAAAUAUGCCUUAUAUUAAAUGUAUCCUUUUUUUUUGUUCUACAUUGCAUAUCCAAAUGCCUUCUAGUAACAUGGCUAAUGGAAGCUCUUAAAAAGAAAAAAAGGAAACAUUAUGAGCUUCUUGAAAUGUAUUUGAGAUCAUGUUGACUAUUUAUAAGAAAAAUCAUUCCCAUUAAAGGAAUCCUGUACCAAUACAUAUACUGAGAUUCUUAAGUGUUUUCCCACUUUUCCCUAAAUGUGUCUUUUGAUUAUUAAAGUGGAUUAUAAAAGGAAUAAAUAAAAUGCAUGCAAACAGUUAACUCAGCAUGGAAAAAGGUUUUACAAAAAUGAGGCUAGGUCUGAAAGCUUUUAUAUCAAAACAUGCUUUGCUAAUGUCUGGUACUAACGUGGAGUUGUCUGUAAAUUAUGUCAAUUUUAUAACUCUAGUUUUGUACUUAUAAAAGUUGUUUGCCUUUAUUAACAAAAGUUGGAAAACAAUUACUCAUGAAGUAGAAAAAACGUGUUCAAAGUGCCUUAAUUCUGCAGACCAGAGUUUCAGAGGAGUUAUCUAAUGUGCUUUUAUACUUCUGUUUUGAAACGAAUACUCAAUAAAGAAUUUGGCUGAACUGU